GCAUGCGUCCGCGCACACCCUCAUCGUCUCUGCUAAUCAGCUGACCGGAGAUGCUAGCUAGGCUGAAUUGAAGGACCUCUGGGUCGCCACGACGCUAUUAUUAGCAGUAAUAUUUAUUAGUAUUUAGUGAUAUGAAUGGGAAUCUGCGACUGUCUGACUGAAACCCACCGAGUCAAGCGAACGGUGAAGACUGUGUUUCGUGCUCCUCCUGCAUUAGUUGAACUCUCCUGGAAGCCCAACAGCAGCCGCCAUGGCGGAAUUCUGGCUGAUCUCUGCGCCAGGUGAGAAGACGUGUCAGCAGACAUGGGACAAGCUGAUGGUGGCCACCACGCGCACCAACAACCUCUCCACCAACACCAAGUUCAACAUUCCCGACCUCAAGGUGGGCACGCUGGACGUCCUGGUGGGUCUGUCCGACGAACUGGCCAAGCUGGAUACAUUUGUGGAAAGUGUGGUGAAGAAGGUGGCUCAGUACAUGGCCGACGUUCUGGAGGACAGCAGGGACAAAGUUCAGGAGAACCUGCUGGCCAACGGACUGGACCUGGUCACGUACAUCACCAGAUUCCAGUGGGACAUGGCCAAGUAUCCCAUCAAACAGUCGCUGAAGAACAUCUCCGAGAUCGUCUCCAAGCAAGCGACGCAGAUUGACAACGACCUGAAGGCCCGAGCAUUGGCCUAUAACAACCUGAAGGGGAACCUGCAGAACCUAGAGCGGAAGAACGCGGGGAGCCUGCUAACCAGGAGUCUGGCUGACAUUGUGAAGAAAGAUGACUUUGUGCUAGACUCGGAGUACCUGGUCACCAUGCUGGUGGUUGUUCCCAAGACGAGCUUUGUAGACUGGCAGAAGACGUAUGAAACCCUGGCGGAGAUGGUGGUGCCGCGUUCCACUAAGUUGCUGUUUGAGGACAACGACAGUGGCCUGUUCAGCGUCACGCUCUUCCGGAAGGCCGUGGAUGACUUCAAGCACAAGGCCAGGGAAAACAAGUUCUCGGUGCGCGACUUUCAGUACAACGAGGAAGAGAUGAAGGCCGACAAGGAGGAGAUGACGCGCUUGUCCACCGACAAAAAGAAGCAGUUUGGUCCUCUGGUGCGGUGGCUCAAAGUCAACUUCAGUGAAGCCUUCAUCGCGUGGAUCCACAUCAAAGCGCUGCGUGUCUUUGUGGAGUCGGUCCUGAGGUAUGGGCUUCCGGUGAACUUCCAGGCCAUGCUGCUGCAGCCCAACAAGAAGAACAUGAAGAAGUUGCGGGAGGUUCUGUACGACCUGUACAAGCACCUGGACAGCAGCGCCGCCAUCAUCGACGCCUCCAUGGACAUCCCCGGUUUGAACCUGAGCCAGCAGGAGUACUACCCGUAUGUUUACUACAAGAUCGACUGCAACCUGCUCGACUUCAAAGUUUAGACGCGCCGUUGUCAUCGCAACGGUUUUACAUUCCCCCCCGUCUUAAUCUCAAUUUUUGUUCCCGUUCCAUUCCGCUUUCAAAAGUCAAGGAUUAAUUCAAAGUGAUGGGAUGGCUGGACAUGCCCACCUGCUAUCCAAAGGCAUUGAUAAUCCUUCAUUUAUAUUGUCACAAGUGUCGUCCAACUGGUACACAAAUGGAGAUGUAUAUGAUAAAUAUAUUAUUUAUUUUAUGUCUCUAAACAGUCAGUGAAGAUUUUAUUUGACAGUGAUGUGAGUUCUUAACAGGUUUGUUUCAAGUUAGAUGUUGACCAUCUCCCACUAUUUGCUGACUGUGCGCUCCUGUUAAUUCUAUAUUGAUCCUUUGCCUGCUACUGUAGUGCUGCCCCGAUGUAAACAUAUUUAAAAAGAAAGCAAAUAAUAAAUGUGAAAACAAUGAUUGUCAUGAAAGGCAAACUGACUGCUCAAUUAAAAAAAAAAAAAACAUUUGCAAGAUGAAAAUCAACAAUAAUGCAAGCAAACACAAAUACUGCACUACCAAAGAAGCACAUGAAUGGGUAAGUUUUUAUUGGAGUCAAUAAGCAAUUCGUUGGAAUCUGUAGUUUAAUCUUAUGAAUUAAUUAUUUUGUAUCUAUAUAUAUCGCCUGUAUAAGUGUACUGUGUUUACUAAAUCUGGCCAUAGGAUCUUGAAGGAUGUACUUAAUCAUUUGACCUAAGCAUUGUCAAGGUGUACCUAAUAAAAUGGCCUUAGCAUGAACUUUUUAGGGGCUGUUGCUAAUACAUACCUGUCAACCUGUAUACCAAAAAAAUCCUUAUAAAGAAAAAAAAAUCCUUAUAACAUACCAAAGCAUUUUAUGUCAAAAUAACGGCACAGAAAAAAAAACCCACGAAAUUUUCAAUUAUAUUUAUUGUAGAUCUCCAUAAUACAAUGUCUGGUUAAUGUCUAAUCAUUCUACUUAGUGGCAUUACUGUGUUCAGAGUUGUAUUCCGGAAAUGAAAGCAUUCGAGUAGACGAGCACCGUUCUGGGCAAAAGCAAACGGAACUACCUGUGAGGGGGGG